AUGAGUACCGUCCUCACGAAAACUAUCACCGAACACCUCUACCACCCUCUCUACACCCUCUGGCUGCCAUGUCAACCCGGAAAUCUUCUCAGCCUGGCCUCACCUGAAAGUUACGAGCAAGCCGACAAGAUCCUACAAGAGACUCCCUCCUUCCAGGCCUACCUCCACCAUAUUGAGACCAACACAACGAAUCCCUCGUCACUACUCUCAGUCUUCGCAAUCCCCCGCCUUUCUCAGCUGAAUAUCCUGAGACCAGAGAAAUACCUCGAUCGGAAAGCUAGUACCUCGGUCAUUUUCCAGGACCAGCGCCUGUAUUACCCAGAAAUGAGUGGUCUGAUUCCCGGUUCAACAAAGGAUGAAGAGUUGGUUCAUCUUGCGUUGAGUCGGUUCCUGGAGACUCUCGGUUCUCUCGUGUUGGGUGAUAUGCUCAAAUGGCAGGAUGAGAAGUAUCCUUUCAAGCCGACUAUGUUUGGUCAUGGAGUGAUGGAGGCCCGGAUUGACGGUUCUUUGGUCAACUGUUUGACAAAUGAGGCCUUCGCUAUCCUCGAUGCUAGGACCGUUUACCGGAGUAGAGAGGAGAGGAAGCUCUACUGGGAGGAAACUGCUAAGAUGGUAUCUUGGAUACAGCAUGAUCUGAGGAAGGGUCGUCAAAGCCCGCCACCACGAUACCUUAUCAUCUCCCAAUGCUUGGAGCAGAUUUACCUAGUUGUCGCCAAUUUCGACAAGGACUACGAAGAAUACAUCAAGAUCCUUGAGGCGCCCGUCCUGUCCGAUAAUCCCAGAAUCUCGUGUGAGAUGAUGGAGAUGACAGAGUAUGGCCCUUUCAACACUGAUGAUGCGGCACACAUGAAGGAAUUUUCAAAGCAUGUUCUGGCCUAUUACUGUGAAAUUCAGAAGACGGCUUUUGCCGAGGUUCCGAAUUAG